GGUCUUUGGUUCCUUGCUCCCCCCUCCUCCUCUUCCUGUGCCGCAUGCAUGUCUUGGAUCCUCUCGCCUUGGUUUCUUGCUCAGAUUCUUGCAGCUGCUGCACAUUCACGGGCUCUUAAAAGUUCUUGCCUUGUGUCUGUGCGCUACACUCUGGGGCUGGGCCUGGAGAAAUCCUUCUGGAUUUUGGCAGGCUAUUAGGUGAUUAAUCACAUCCAUCCUAGAGAACAUCGCACUGCGGUGGUGGUUGCUGCCGGGCCGGCGCAGUGAUGAGCUUCAGGAACCACCAAGACGGAUUUGGGGCCCAGCUCGCCGCAGCGGGCCACGCCUCCAGUGGAGCGCAGCCGCUGCCGUGGUGGGUCGGGCACCAGCUGCUGUACGGCGAGGCAAUGGGGCAGGGGAGGCCGGCGUCGCCGGAGGAUGCGUGCCGGGACGGCCAGUUCCAGGUUGUGCCGAGGGCCCAGGCGCUGCUGGACGCGGCUCCGGUGCUGCCGCCGCAACAGCAGCUGAUGAGCGAGAGGGGCAUCCCUGAAGUGAUGAAGUUCUCCAUGGCUCAUGGUAAGGGAGUAAAAGGUUCUGAGCACACUGCCACUAUCGCUCUGCAGUCACCAUUCGUGGAAUAUAGUGAUCGUUUUGAGUUGGGCCUUGGCCAAACUAUGGUUUCCUCCAAUUAUCCUUACGCUGAUCAUAACUAUGGCGUACUUGCUCCUUUUGGAAUGAGAUCAACGACUGGCAGUAUGCUAAUACCACUGAAUAUGCCAGCUGAUGCACCAAUUUAUGUGAAUGCAAAGCAAUAUGAAGGCAUCCUACGCCGCCGUCGUGCUCGCGCAAAGGCAGAGAAGCAGAAUAGGCUGAUCAAAUCAAGAAAGCCAUAUCUUCACGAGUCACGCCAUCUUCAUGCAAUGCGUCGCGCAAGAGGCUCCGGUGGACGCUUCCUCAACACAAAGAAAGAGAUCAACGGGAAGGAGGCUGAUGUUGGGAACAAGGCGAUGGACAGCAACCCGCUUAUGCGCUUAGCUGCAUCUCCCAGUUCAGUGAUCCAGCACUCUGAGCAUGGCAACCCAAGCAGCGUGUCCAGCCUGUCUGGCUCAGAGGUGACAAGCUUGUACGACCACGAAGACGUGGGCCACUACCAUGGCUUUGAGCACCUCCGCACACACUUCUUCACCCCGCUCCCGAGCAUCAUGGACGGCGAGCAUGGGGCUGGCAACCCCUUCAAGUGGGCAGCAGCCUCUGAUGGCUGCUGCAACCUCCUCAAAGCAUGACAUGAGGGGGUACUGGGCAGCCGAGAGAUGGCGUAAACCGGCAGCAUCUGCUGCCGGCACUGUCCAUCUCUAGGUCAGGGAUUGCCCCUGCCGUCGUCUGGCUGUCCGUAGGCAAUUCAUUCUUGGCUCAUGGCAUCGGUAGUGCUCCCGCUCACCGCCUACUUGUCCUAGUUUUCUGGGACCCUGUGGUGAGUGGAACACCCCCUUUGCCAUAAAAAAUUAGGUAUAAGUUAGUACUGCUUGCUGCCAUUAGGUAGCAGGCUUAAGCUUUGGUCUGAAUAAAAUGUCUGGAACUUCAGACUAGUUGGUGUGGUAUUGGUAUCGAAGUAUGUAUGGAGUACUGGAGUCAGUCCAUUUUGUUUGGAGAACAAUGGAGCUCUGGAGUAUGUUAUGUACUGAGACUUGGUGAUGUACUGUAGUAGUGCGCUUGGAGAUUGUGUAAACUUGUGUUUUGUUGUAAUCUGGUCUAAGUAACUCGAAUUUAGGCAUGUAUUCCUUCGA